CCCCUGGACCAGCUGCCCCCGCCGGCCAACUCCAACAAGCCGCUGACCCCCUUCGGCAUCGAGGACAUCCUGAGCAAGCCCUCCGGGCGCAAGGCGGCCUCGGCCCGCCUGCUGGACAAGGUGAGCGGCUCCUCCGGCAGCCCCCGCAACGGCGCGCCCGCCCCGGCCUCGCCGCUCUGCGCCCUCGAGGAGCUGGCCACCAAGACCUUCAAGGGCCUCGAGGUGAACGUGCUGCAGGCUGCCGAAGGCCGAGACCCGCUGGGCGCCUUCGGGCCGCGGCCGCCGUCCAAGAAGCGCCGGAAGUCCCGCACGGCCUUCACCAACCACCAGAUCUACGAGCUGGAGAAGCGCUUCCUCUACCAGAAGUACCUGUCGCCGGCCGACCGAGACCACAUCGCGGCCCAGCUGGGCCUCAGCAACGCGCAGGUCAUCACCUGGUUCCAGAACCGGCGCGCCAAGCUGAAGCGGGACCUGGAGGAGAUGAAGGCCGACGUGGAGUCCCUCAAGAAGCUGCCCCCCGCGGCGCUGGAGAAGCUGGCCA